GCCGCGGCCGGCCAAGAUGUCUCACUUUACAAGUGAAGAUGAAGCUCUAUUACAAUCUAUGCUUAGACAGUUGCUGCUGAGUGUGAAGGAAAAAAUCACUGGAGCCCCAUCAGUAGAAUGUGCAGAAGAAAUUCUCCUGCAUUUGGAGGAAACUGAUGAGAAUUUUCACAACUAUGAGUUUGUGAAAUACCUCAGACAAUACAUAAAAAAUACUGUGGGACCUGUGAUUGAAGAAGAAACAGAAAAAUGUACCUCUGCGCAAAAUCAGAGUGAAAUAUCUGGCUAUGACACACUUGUCCAACAUCUUACUAAGAAAGCCCGUGAAUCAAAAGAAUACAGAGAAAUGAUAUAUGCCUUGAAGAAUGUCAUGAUGGCUGUGGUAGAAUCUUUGAUUAACAAGUUUGAAGAAGAUCGGAUGCAUGAUAAGGAGCUGGCUAGUAAAGCAAAGGAAGAACAUCAGAGUGGCUGUUACACAGACAACUGUUCUGACAGUGACUCCUCCUUCAACCAAAGUUAUGCAUUCAUGAGUCAAGAACAAUUGCAGCUGCUCACAGAAAGGCUUGACCCUAGUCAGCCCAAGGAAGUUCGCCAAGAAGCUUUGCAGACGCUGUGCUUGGCCCCAGCCUCUGAUAUCCUGAGCUCUGAGAGUUGGCCAAAUCUGCGUAAGCAUCUGACGAUCUCCCUUGCAGAUCCUGAUGCAACAUUCAGUGAGAAAAUUCUCAGGUUCUAUGCAAAAACCUUUUCUUCUUCUCCAUUUAAUAUGACAAAAGAAGUCUAUACAAGUUUAGCAAGACACUUGGAAUUGUGCUUUCUUUCUGGAGAAUAUUCUCUUCAUAUUUCAGCUGGUCUGGAUGUAUCUAGCUCAGAUGUAAAUCGUUUACUUAAAAAGGUUCGCCUUCUAAAUGAGUACCAAAAGGAAGCACCAUCUUCCUGGAUUCGACAUCCAGAAAAGUACAUGGAAGAAGUAGUGGAGAGUACCUUGUCACUUCUAUCAUUAAAACACAAGCCUAAUCAUCCUGCCUCUCCAGAUUUCUUGAGUCCAAUGCACUUCUUGGCUCUGCUAGAUAUCAAAGCAGUGUGGUUUAAGAAGUGGACGCAUGCAUAUUACAGCAGAAGAGUAGUAUUUAGGCUUCUAGAGAAGAAAUAUAAAUCUUUGAUUAAUGCAGCGGUCCAGCAAUGUCUUGAUUAUUUUGAAUUUUGCAAGGCAGCAGUUAAUAAAAAUUCCGAAGUCAGUGACUUCUCCCAGCAGCACUGUGGUGAUAUGCAGAAUUUUUCUUACACUGGACCAGAGUUGCAGUACAUCUAUUUUGUUCAUUCACUGUGCCUCUUAGGAAGAUUGUUGAUCUAUAAGCAAGGCCAGAAUCUCUUUCCAGUACAACUGAAAAAUAAAAAAGAUAGCAUAUCGAUAACUGAUGUGUUGGUAUUAUUUGUUCAACUUAUUUAUUACUCUCCAAGUCACCCAAACACAGCUUUAGAAGCAAAUACAGACAAUUAUUCUCCAGAAAGUCUUGUUAUGGAGAUUCUGCAAGUUUUUUGUGAUCAAACAGGAUGUGAUGCUGAGUGUUUGUAUACAGAUACAGUGAUUGAUGCCCUGCUUCAUCCUGUUCAAAGUUUGCUGAGUGGCACAGAGGUGUAUAUAAACUGUAUUGAAACCACUUUACUUGAUGUAGCUGAUAUUUUGGCAAGGAUUGCUGGUUCAGAAGAUGGUCUUUCUCUUCUUCUUUAUGGAGAAAAUGAAAAAAAUGCCAAAGACAGUCCUACAGCUGCUCAUGUACUUGUUCAGUUUACAAAGAAACUUCUUCAUGAUGACAUUCCUCUUUUAUCUGGAUCUGAACUUAUGUCAGUUGUUAAAGGAACUUUCAUUUUUGUAUGCCGUCAAAUAUACAGAACUUGUGAAGGCCUACAGAUGCUAAUUCCUUAUGGCUUGCAUGAAUCUAUUGCAGAGGCCUGGAGAAAGGCAAGUUUGCUUUCAGAAAGAGUGCCUACUCCUGUAACUGAUGCAGACUCCACUUCAUCAAUAAGUCAAGAAUCAAAAAACAGUUUGUUAUGGGAAGAGACUUUGUUAGAUGCGUUGUUAAGUUUUUCUACCACACCCAAAGGACUAUUUCUGCUUCAUAGUACAGGCGCCAUGAAUGACUGCGUGAACUUUAUGUUUAACAGUUUAUCAAAAAAAGUCCAGACAAAUGAAUAUGAAGACUUUGGUAAUAGAGUCAUUGUUACACAAAUGGCAACAACACCAAUGGCUGCAGUAGCUCUGCAGAAUUCAGGCUUUAUAAAGGCACUUGUAACUGAAUUAUGGGCUCUUCUGGAGUGUGGAAAAGAUGAUUUGAGAAUAACUCAACCAAGAUCUACUCCAGUUGAUCCUAUUGACCAAAGUUGUCAGAAGUCUUUUUUGUUUCUGGUAAAUAUGCUCACUUAUCCAGCAGUUUUUGAACUCCUGAGUAAACAAGAUAUAGCAAAUAAACCUAUGUACUCAUUCCGUGAAAUACCCACAGAUAUAAUUGAUAUCAUUGACAGGCUUAUAAUUUUGAACUCAGAAGCUAAAAUUCAUUCCUUAUUCAAUUAUGAACAAUCCCAUAUAUUUGGUCUGAGAGUUUUUAUAAUUGAUGGUCUGUCAGUGGAGAGAAACCAUGUUCUUGUAAGGAUAAAUCUGAUCGGAGGACCACAGGAAAGGAUUUUGCCUUUGAGAGAAUUAGAUAAGGGCAGUGGUCUAUAUCCUUGGCCAAUGUUUUCAUCAUUGCCUGUGCCAAAGUGCUAUCUUGCAGAAAUACCUAGGAAAGUUGAAUUCAGACAAGAUAAAGAUCUUGACAAGCUCUUAAAAGUCUUGAAAAGUCCAGACAAGCCAACUGAGUGGGCAGAAAUUUGUAGAAAGCAGUUCUGCAAAGUCAUGAAAACCAAACCAGAUAGCAUCAGUGGACCAAUUUUGGCAAAAUUAAUUGAAAAGUUCGUGUCACAUCUUUCUGAAAGCAGAACAGAUUGUUAUUUCAGCAUGGGAAGCUAUAAAGCCAUGGAUGCAGAUGUGAAGAAAGAAAAUCUUUCAUCUGUGCAGCAGCUUGGUGUUGAAAUGACAGUCAGAUACGGAAAAUACUUAAACUUACUAAAAGAAGAUGCUGAAAAUGGGCUGUGUUUUGUGUUAAUGAAUUGUGAGGAGUUUCUGAAACAACAGCGAAGAACUGUGGUGUCUUCACUUCGCUGCUUGCAGGAGCACUAUGCAGGUUAUGACUGGUUUGCAUCUUCUAUUUUCCUCAUAAUGUCAGGGGACAGGGAGAAGACACUGAUGUUUCUUCAGCAAUUUUCACAGCUUCUUGUUUCAGCAUUUCUCUGGCAACCAAGACUGCAUUUAUCUAUGCACCUGCCUGUUACAACAGUGGAAUAUGGCAUCCACCCAGUCUAUUUUUGCAGUGCCCACCACGUUGAAAUGUUGCUGAAAGCUGAGUUGCCUCUUGUCUGUUCAGCCUUCCACAUGUCUGGUUUCACUCCAUCCCAGAUCUGUCUGCAAUGGAUAACUCAGUGUUUCUGGAAUUACAUGGACUGGAGUGAGAUCUGUCACUACAUUGCCAUAUGUAUUUUCCUUGGUCCUGAUUAUCAAAUAUAUAUGUGUAUUUCUGUGUUCAGACACCUACAGCAAGACAUCCUGAAGCACACAGAGGCCCGCGAUCUUCAGGUUUUUCUGAAAGAGGAAGCACUGCAUGGAUUUCGAGUGAGUAAUUAUUUAGACUACAUGGAAAGCUUGGAGGAGCUCUACAGACCAAUGCUGCUGAAAGACAUGAAGACCAUAAGAGCACAGAAUACAUAG